GGAAGGGGGGUCUGAUGCAGGGGCUCCCAGAGGACCAUGCAGGGGUGUGGCUGGCCUGGCCUGACAGCCCCCCUCCCAGUGGGGGUGGAUGGAACUCGGCCCUGGGCAGGCUCCUGUCGCUCCAAGCCCCCAACCCCAGGCAGGCAGCGGCAGCUGAGGGAGCCGUGGGGAGGGCUCAGGCAGCCCCAGGGCCUGGCCAAACCACAGGAGCCAGGAAUCUCAGCCCAUCCAGGUUGCAUGGGGACAGAUACCUCCCAAUUCAAAACUUCCCAAGAAUCUGAAUGGAAGCAGGGCCAGGUCCUCACCAGAAUCCAACCAGAUUGGUAUAACGUCAAACAGAAGUCUGGACAAAAGCCCCAGGUGCUGCACCCUGACGAUGCAUGUGACCAGGGACCACUCCUCACCUCUCUGCAGAUUUCUAUCUUUAUCUGCCAAAAAGAAAACUCUCUGGGUUCCAGCCACCCGACGUUGGAGCCUAGGGAGGCCUGGAUGGAACCCUCCUCUUGCCACCACUUCCCUCUGUCUGGCAAGCUGAGGGGAGGCAGGUAUGUUUGCACAGAUGUGUGGCCGGGGUGUGCAAAUCGUCUGAGGAGAGGGCGUGGUGCUGGUACAUUCCUGCUCCACCAGGUCCUUGGCGAUUCUGUAGACCCCUCCCCACCCUGACUUCCCCCAUCAGCUACAGGACAGGACUCUUGCUUCUAUAAUUCCUGGGAAGUCCUUCCGUCUGUCUAGCCCUCCUUCCUUCUUUUCAGUUGCCAGCAGCCUCUCCUGGGCACCAGGGAAAUUAAGUGGCCUCCCUCCUGCAGCCCCGACUAUUCUCCUCACUUGCAUCACAGGGAAUCUCUCAGCCCCAUCCUCAGAACUCCUAGUAAUACUGUGAAAAUUAAGGCUACCUUAAAUAUUCUAAUCUUAUAACAAUUUUGCUCCAAUCAACAUCUAAACAUGCCCCAGACCACCCAGCAGCCUGGUUGGUGGUUUUGGGUCGGGGGCGAGCUCCUGAAGGGAUGGAGGGCAGAGGGCUGCUCUCGGGCUUGGGCCUGGCUCUGGAGAGGCUCCCUGGGAGGAGGUCUGUAGGUCACUGGGUCCCUCCCGUGCUCUCUCCUCGCCUGCCCACGCUGAGUCCCUUCCCCUUCCUCCCCUCCCCUCAGGCAGCCUGGGAAGCAUGGCAGGCCAUGGUUGGAGUCUCCUUAUACUCUCUCCUGAACUGCUGGGCUCAGGGGCUGAGGACUGGUGAUGCUCC